AAGAGACACUGGAGACGAACCGAAUCUUGGAAAUGAGUCGGAGUUCACUGCGAAGAAGAUAAAGUUCAUAAAUAUUUAAACGGCUUAUGCGGACUUUGGAAUCUUCCAUCGAGCGUUCUGAAAAAGCACGGUUAUCACCUAACUUAAUUAACAUCGACGAACCUCGCCAUAGUAGGACCAGUCACUUCCAGAACACAGAAAUAUUCACAAGGGAUUUGUAUCGACUCUUUGAAAAGAGCAAACUGAUUGGUCCGUUUUAGAGGCGUGUGGAGUUUGCGUCAGGAAGAAUCUGCUCCCUUCAAACGCAAAAUACCUUUACUGGACUGCAACCAAUGAACUGAAAGGAGUCUUAUAUCGGUGACCGCAAUGGUUUGAAAUCUGCUCCACGCUUAUUACAAACCAAUAGAUUUAGAACUUUCUCAUCCUGUCAAUGCAAGAUGGCAUCCAUUAAACAUAAGAACACGAAAAGGAUAGAAGGUCUGGACAAGAAUGUAUGGGUCGCCUUCACAUCAGUGGCAGCAGACCCUUCCAUUGUCAAUCUUGGACAGGGUUACCCAGACAUUCCUCCUCCUUCUUACGUGAAAGAGGGUCUCGCUCAGGCUGCAAUGGUUGACAGGCUGAACCAGUACACACGUGGCUUUGGCCACCCAACAUUGGUUAAAGCCCUGUCAAAAGUUUAUGGAAAAGUCUAUGACCGUCAGCUCGACCCGUUUAAAGAGAUCCUGGUUACUGUAGGUGGAUAUGGAUCUUUGUUUAGCUCUAUGCAGGCUCUGGUUGAGGAGGGAGAUGAGGUUAUUAUUAUAGAACCUUUUUUUGACUGCUAUGUUCCUAUGGUGAAAAUGGCAGGGGGGAAACCUGUUUUAAUACCUUUGCGAUUGAAGUCGUCAUCCGCAUCAACCAGCAUAAGUAGUGCCGACUGGGUUCUGGACAAGGAAGAACUUGCUAGUAAAUUCAACUCCAAGACCAAGGCUAUCAUAAUCAACACUCCUAAUAACCCCAUUGGAAAAAUAUUCAGAAGGAGUGAGUUGCAAGCAAUUGCAGAUCUCUGCAUCAAACAUGACACUCUGUGCUUCAGUGAUGAGGUAUAUGAAUGGCUCACAUAUAAAGGCCAUGAACAUGUAAAGAUAGCAACCCUUCCUGGAAUGUGGGACAGAACCAUCACCAUCGGCAGUGCAGGAAAAACUUUCAGCGUGACUGGAUGGAAGCUGGGUUGGUCAAUCGGGCCUGAACACUUGAUCAAACACCUCCAGACUGUUAUGCAGAACAGUCUCUAUACAUGUCCCACCCCAUUACAGGAGGCUGUUGGCCAGGGUCUUCUUCGUGACUUUGAGCUGAUGGGUCAACCCGACUGCUACUUUACUUCUCUAGCAGUAGAGCUGGAAGGGAAGAGAGACCGCAUGGCAGCCAUGUUGAGACAGACUGGCAUGAUUCCAGUAGUCCCAGAGGGAGGAUACUUCAUGAUAGUGGAUGUCACAGCACUCAAUCAGGACUUGUCACAUAUGGGAGAUGAUGAACCGUAUGACUACAAGUUUGUCAAAUGGAUGAUAAAAGAGAAGAAACUGGCUGCAAUUCCUGUAACUGCUUUUGUGGGGGAAGAUUCAGUAAAGCAGUUUGAGAAAUACAUCCGUUUGUGCUUUAUCAAGCAAGACAGCACUUUGGAUGCAGCAGAGGUCAUUCUGAAGAGCUGGAAGAAAGCCUGAUUUCUGCAAGCCUUAGAAUGAAUUAACACAUGCAGCACUGGUCAGAUUUAACUUCCAACUUACAUCCUCUUACAACGUGGCUAAAAUGUUUGUAUUUACAGUUAGUCGGAUCAGUCAUUUUGAGAAGCCUGUUGGGAUUAAAAAUAGUAUGUUAUGUGUUAUUUUUAAAUUAAUAUUCUGUCACAGGCUACUAGUUGUAUUCAAUUUGCUGAAUUUAAUGCUUGUAUAAAAUAAACAAGUAAAUAAAAGGUGAAAUAAC